UGCAAGCUGAUGUUCAUGUAAUUCGUCAGAGUCAAAUUUUAAUUUCUGAAAAGUUCUUGCAGGCGGAAGAUGAUAGUGAAAAAUGGCCUAAAUUAGUGAUCAAGCUCUCACCAAAGCACCGAAAACUCUUCUUCAAGAAUUCAAAGAAAGCUUUGAGGAACGUAAAAAGGAAAAUCAUAGUUUCAUGUGCUGCAGAAAUGAUGGACAUACUUGUCGCUUGA